AUGCGCUACGGAUCCGAAGGUUCAGACCUCUAUAUAAUGUCAACUGUCAACUUGCUCGGCUUCUCUAUGCUCUGUGAUCUUCACGUACAGACCGACCAUCUCCUUUUGGCUCGCCUCCAACACAAGCAGACUGUAUCCAUCAGCGAUCUCAUCCAGCGCCUACUUGUCUGGAUCGCCUACUACGGCACCCUCAAAGGUACACAGGCAAGACUUGUUGAGUUUAUCAGUUCAGAGGUUCCAGCAAGCGACAUUCGGACAUCUACACUCUUGUACCUGCGCAUCGCUUGUGCCCUUCGCGACAAGUCUCUCUUCAGCUGGCUACUUGACAAAACCCCUUUCUUCUCGAACGACAUUUGUCUCGUCGGCAUGAGCUCGUCGGACAAGUGCCUAGGUCUCGAUUUCUGA